AAGGUUUUGUGAUGCAAGGUGGUUGCACAGACAGGGCUUUUGCUAUUGUGCUGUAUGGGAAAACUAAGUAAGUAUCAGUAAAUAAACCAAGACAUUGAGGAAAUUGCAAGGAAAUUGGAGGUCGUGUUCAUUAUUGCCAUAGUGUUUCUGAUGGGAUAGGCAACAGGCUUCUUUAGCCUUAUAUAGUUUGCAUUACUGCAAUUGAAUAGCCGUGUGUAUUACGUCAUCUAGUCAAGUGCACCACUGGCGCAUUUUCUCUACGCGAACUUCAUAGUCGCUCAGGGCACCAGGUAGCCACAUGAACAAGAUGCUCUAAUGGUUUUGUGAGUGCUUUCUUGGCUUUUGCGCAGUUAGCGCAGAUAUGUAAAUAACAGCGUAUUUUGAAAUAAAAAGUUGCAAGAUCUGCUACAGAGAUACCGUGUAGAGGGAGGGACUUCCUGCCGCUGACGGUGUUUAUUUCCCCCCCAGACGAGCUACUGUAAGGUGCCACACAUUCAAGCACCAUGCUGAAACGUCUGUUAAGAAGUUGGAGCACACUUGGCUGUCUUUUAGCCCUGACUCUGCCACCUAACUCCAGGCAAGAGGAACACGGCAAGCUCCUGCUAGUCUCUUUCGAUGGCUUCCGCUGGGACUACAUCAACCGCGUGCCAACACCCAACUUUGACGCCGUGAUGAAGGAAGGCGUCCAGGUGGAGAGGGUGGUGAACACCUUCAUCACCAAGACGCUGCCCAACCACUACACGUUGGUGACGGGCCUUCACGCCGAGAGCCAUGGCGUGGUGGCCAACGAGAUGUUCGACAUGCACCUCAACCGCUCUUUCUCCAUGGAGGGCCAGAGUGCCUACGAGCCGCGUUGGUGGGAGGAGGCGGUGCCGCUCUGGGUGACCAACCAGAGGGCUGGUGGGCGGAGUGGGGCCGCCAUGUGGCCUGGCUCGGACGUGGAGAUCCGCGGGGUCUACCCGACGCACUAUGUGCCUUACAACGCGUCUGUGCCGUUCCAGAGCCGUGUGGAGAAGCUCCUCAGCUGGUUCUCAGGUCCCGAACCCAUCGACUUCGGGGUGCUCUACUGGGAGGAGCCAGACGAGAGUGGCCACAACCUGGGGCCCGAGAGCCCCCUCCUGGAUGUCGUGAUCGCCGACAUCGAUGACAAGCUGGGCUUCCUGCGCGAGGAGCUGAAACGGGCUGGGCUGUACGACGAUAUCAACCUGAUAGUGACUAGCGACCACGGCAUGACCCAGUUGUCGUCGGAGAAGAUCAUCGAGUUGGACAGCUAUGUCAGCCGUGACCUGUAUACAUGGGUCGACAAGAGCCCGGUGGUUGGCAUUAUCCCCAAGGAAGGUAGUUUUGAUGAGGUCUACACUUCCCUCCUGAAUGCCAAUCCAAACUUAUAUGUUUACAAGAGGGAAGACAUUCCUGAUCACUACCAUUACAGACACAAUGACCGGAUAAUGCCCAUUCUUCUGGAAGCCCGAGAAGGAUGGACCAUUGUGCAGAACAAGACUAGAAAAUUCAUGCUGGGAAACCAUGGUUACAACAAUACGCUGGCAAGUAUGCAUCCCGUGUUCGUCGCCCGCGGACCUGCCUUCCGAAGCGGCUACGUCAAGAGCACUAUGCACUCUGUUGACCUUUACCCCCUCAUGUGCCAUAUCCUGGGGGUGCCCCCCUUGCCCAACAAUGGGUCCCUGGCCAGUGUUCAGGAUCUCCUGGAAGAGGCACUCACAGAGACUCCCAGUCCCCCCCCCACGCCCAGGCCCUUGGUACCGUCUCGGCCCAAGGAUCCGUCACAUGCCUGGGUCGUGGGCCUCCUCCUAGGCACCACGUUGGUGGUGUUCUUCCUCUUCAUCUUCGUCAAGCAGGUGACGCUGAAGCAGUUGCCCACCCUCCCUCUCAGCAACCGGGAGAUUUCACAACCCUUGCUCUACGAGGAGCUGCGACUCUAACACAUGUCUGUAGCAACUUUGUACUUACACUUAUUUAUAUUAACAUCGUUUUGAGCGAGGAAACAGCACGUAGACAUCCCCACAGCAAGCCGUUUUCUCUUCCUUUGUGUGUGAAACACUUUAGACAUUAAAGGUGCAGUAAGUACGUUUUUUAUAUUAACGUUUUGAGCAAGGGAGCAACACGUAGACAUACCCAAAGCAAGCUGUUUUCUCUUGUUUUGUGUGUGAAACCCUCUAGACAUUAAAGAAGCAGUAAGAAUGUUUUUGUUGUGAAAAAAUAGAAAUGCUUCUAGAGACCUAGAAUAAUGAUUUACUGUUGAAUUAUAGUUGUUCCUGCGUCUUGAUUCUUUGUUUGAGUUUAUGUUUUUGUUGACAAUUUAGAGGGCUCUGAAAUGUUAAGACUGAGCAGGUAUAACAGAUGUAAUGUGACAAACACUUUAUCCUGCUUUCAGUGUUGCAUCAUCAUUGUAAUUCCAGAGAUAUUUUUAGUUUUUUACAUAAAAACCUACUUAGUGCACCUUUAAGCAUUGAACAAUGUCCUCAGGUGUUCAGAGAUCCUGCUGUGACUAUAAUACAAGUUUUCACUGAUGGCUUGUCCUCGUCAAGUCUACGGUGGUAAGGCCACUAUAACACACAAGCGACCAAAGAGGCGGUAAAUAUUAAAGUAGCAGUCACUUAAUUUCUCCCACUCGAGCUGUGCUAUGAAUGAAGGCUAGCCAUUUGGCUGCAGACAAACCACUUAAUGAUUUAUUCCCAUCAAACUACUCUUUAAGUUCCAUCUAGAUUUAGUGAAUUUAGCCGCUAAAUACUGUUGGGUUCCAACUGGAUUUGGCAGCUAAGUGAGUUGAUUGUGUUCUCCCACUGUUGAAUGUGAGUGUGUGCUCUCAGACCCUGUGCUGAUAGUCAGAACAACUCUAUGAACACAGGUCACACAGCAGGACGAGACUUAUAACACACAAGUGUCUAAUGCAGCUGACAAUGAAUUUUAAGAGAAAGUUUCUUUUUCCAGUCCUAGAUUAAGUCUAACUGCCAGUGUGUUUUUUUUUCUAUAUAUUGCUUUGUUUGCAUUUUGAAUUGGUCUGCCAGGUUUGAUGGAGGUUUAUGUCUUGUGUACUUCUUUUUCUCCCAUCUUAAUUCAUCAUUGUAUUAAGGUUAAGUGCAAUUACUUUUAACAGUUUUACAUGUUGUGUUUAAAAUGCAGGUAGAGAUGAGUCCGUGUGUUUUAGUUUCGACUGGACUACUUAGGUUGGUAGUUGAAAAGCUUCUUGUAAGUUGUGCUCUUUAUUAAGAGCAAGCUCAAAAUAAAAAAAAAUAGCCUAUUUAAAAGAAUAAUAUACUAGAGGGUAGGUGGCUUUAUUGAUAAACAUUGUUUGCACAAUUUAUUUAGCGUUUUUAAAAAGGAGUUUCCUAAUGCCAAACUUUGUGAAGGGGGGGAAGGAUAUCUGCUAACAGCUAAGAAUAUUGCACCACAAGUAGACGUUUUCCUCCAAUGUAAUGUCAGAUCAUUAAGGUUACUUUUGAGCAUGGCAUCUAGUGCAAAUAUAUGGUCAUUCAUGGGACGUUAACACUGUGAUCUACCUUCUCCAGGUAAAGAACUUUUCAGAAGUAUUGUAUUUCAUGUGUUCUUUGAUGUAGUCAUUGCCCUCCAGGUCUCUUCAGGCCUUAAGAGAAAAGAAACUUCAUGUUCUGUGGCUUAAUUAUUGUUUAGUGAAGAAAACUAACUGGACUACCAGAGUGAUGGUGACAUUUCCUCAAUCGUUUCAGUGGCUACUAGAAUGUGCUUUGUUUUUACUUAUGGUUUUAACAGAUCCUAAGUGUUACAUGUUCAAAUUGUUGGUUUUGAUUAAAAGGAAUAGUGGCAAAAUC